UCACUUCGUUUUCGUAUGACCAAAGAGCCACUUUCAUUUUCAAGACUAAUACUAAAUCGAAUAAAAAAAACUAGGGUUUCAGACAGAUCGUGAUGAAGAAGAGACAGAUGGUAAUAAAACAAAGACCAAGAAACUCUAACACGUCGUCUUCUUGGACUACUACUACUUCAUCAGCGACCAGUAACGUCCGUUACGUGGAGUGUCAGAAGAAUCACGCUGCUAACAUCGGAGGCUACGCCGUUGACGGUUGCCGUGAGUUUAUGGCCUCCGGUAAUGAAGGAACCGUCGAGGCUUUGAGAUGCGCUGCUUGUGGUUGUCAUCGGAAUUUUCACCGGAAGGAAGUUGAUACGGAGGUUGUUUGUGAGUACUCUCCACCUAACGCUUGAUUUGUUUUUCUGUAAUUUGGAUUGAUUUUUUAAAGGUGAAGGGAUAUAUUUGUAUAUGAUUAUUGAUGUUUAUAUCAAGAACUCACAUACUGCCCAUCUAUAUGUAUUUUUAAAAUGUUGUAUAUAUUGUUCUGUUUGUGGUGUAAACAAUAGUUUAUUUUAUAAAUUUAGCUUUUGGAUCUUGAUAUAGUUCUUAUAUAUGUAAAUGAGUGAGGUCAUUUGCGAUAUAUACCAUGCUGA